GGAGAGCUGGGCUGCUGAGGCCCCGGCGGAUGUGGAUCGAGAGGAGGCGGUGUCCUUGACUAGGCCCGAAGGAGCUCGGGUUCGGGCUCCGCGUCGGGGCUGAAGCAUGGAUCUUGCCUGGCCCCGGAGGAUGCGGGGGCCGGGCGGGGUCCCUGAGCGGGGUUUUGGUGCUGACUGGGGCAGAUCUAGUGCCGGAAGGAAGAAACAGUGACGGACCUGGAGACUGCAUUUCCCUGUCCUUCCCACAGCUUUUUCGCCAUGCCUGGGUCACUUCCUUUGAAUGCUGAAGCUUGUUGGCCAAAAGAUGUGGGAAUCGUUGCCCUUGAGAUCUAUUUUCCUUCUCAAUAUGUUGAUCAAACGCAAUUGGAAAAAUACGAUGGUGUCGAUGCUGGAAAGUAUACCAUUGGCUUGGGCCAGGCGAAGAUGGGCUUCUGCUCAGAUCGAGAGGACAUCACCUCUCUUUGCCUGACUGUGGUUCAGAAACUGAUGGAAAGAAAUAAUCUUUCUUAUGACUGCAUUGGGCGGCUUGAGGUUGGAACAGAGACAAUCAUCGACAAAUCAAAGUCUGUGAAGAGUAAUUUAAUGCAGCUAUUUGAGGAAUCUGGAAAUACAGACAUAGAAGGAAUAGAUACGACUAAUGCAUGCUAUGGAGGCACAGCUGCUGUCUUCAAUGCUGUUAACUGGAUUGAGUCCAGCUCUUGGGAUGGACGGUAUGCUCUGGUAGUUGCAGGAGAUAUUGCUGUAUAUGCCACAGGAAAUGCCAGACCUACAGGUGGAGCUGGAGCUGUGGCUCUGCUAAUUGGGCCAAAUGCUGCUUUAAUUUUUGACCGAGGGCUUCGUGGAACACAUAUGCAGCAUGCCUAUGACUUUUACAAGCCUGAUAUGCUCUCUGAAUAUCCUAUAGUAGAUGGAAAACUCUCUAUACAGUGCUACCUCAGUGCAUUAGACCGCUGCUAUUCUGUCUACCGUAAAAAGAUCCGUGCCCAGUGGCAGAAAGAGGGAAAUGAUAAAGAUUUUACCUUGAAUGACUUUGGCUUCAUGAUUUUUCACUCACCAUAUUGUAAACUGGUUCAGAAAUCCCUAGCUCGGAUGAUGCUGAAUGAUUUCCUUAAUGACCAGAACAGAGAUAAAAAUACUAUUUAUAGCGGACUGGAAGCCUUUGGGGAUGUUAAAUUAGAAGAUACUUACUUUGACAGAGAUGUGGAAAAGGCAUUUAUGAAGGCCAGUUCUGAACUCUUUAAUCAAAAAACAAAGGCUUCUUUGCUUGUAUCAAAUCAAAAUGGAAAUAUGUAUACAUCUUCAGUAUAUGGUUCCCUUGCUUCUGUUUUAGCACAGUACUCACCUCAGCAAUUGGCAGGAAAGAGGAUUGGAGUAUUCUCUUAUGGUUCUGGUUUGGCUGCCACCCUGUAUUCUCUUAGAGUCACUCAAGAUGCCACACCAGGGUCUGCCCUUGAUAAAAUAACAGCAAGUUUAUGUGAUCUUAAAUCAAGGCUUGACUCGAGAACUUGUGUGGUACCUGACAUCUUUGCUGAAAACAUGAAGCUCAGAGAGGACACUCAUCACUUGGCCAACUAUAUUCCCCAGAGUUCAGUAGAUUCACUUUUUGAAGGAACAUGGUACCUAGUUAGAGUGGAUGAAAAGCAUAGAAGAACUUACGCUCGACGCCCUUCUCCAAAUGAUGACACUUUGGACGAGGGAGUAGGACUUGUUCAUUCAAACACAGCAACUGAGCAUAUCCCAAGCCCUGCUAAGAAAGUGCCAAGACUUCCCGCAACAGGAACAGAACCUGAAGCAGCUGUCAUUAGUAAUGGGGAACAUUAAAAUAUUCUGUGAGGUAAAGACUUCACAGUGGGGUAGGGUUGGGGGAAUUGGAAUGUUUGGAGAAAUUGUCUGGGAUGUCUGGGGACACUUUUAAAGGAUUACAUGUUGCUUGAAUUUUAUGUGACUGACAAAGAACCUUUGAAAUUAUUUCUGUUCUUGGAGAAGUCUCUUUGCUCAAUUUGCUAAUAUGCUUCCCUUUGAGGUCUAGCGAAUGCUAAACUUUAUACCUCUAUGGCCAUUUAUAUGCAUGAAGUCUAGUUUUUAAACAUGAUGCAAAUCAUGUGCUUCUGUCAGAAGAAAGCAGAGGUACUAGUCUCCAAUUUAAAUUUCUUUUGUAAAGAUGUAAGAAUUUUAUACUUUGAACAACCAAGAUUAAUGAAAAGUACAUGGGGUUUUUGAAAAACUUUUCUAGCUUAGGAAAUGGGGUCUUAAAGUAUGAGGUGAACAAACCUUGUUUGAAAAUGGUAAGACAAACAUACGGUUUUUCUAAGAUUAUACAUCUGAAAGAAGGAGAAUACGGUUAGGACAGUAAUAACGGUUCUGGACUGUGGAAUAUUGCUUAAUGUCCAGGCUGGCAGUGAUAAGUGACUGUAAUGACCUCUAAACAGAGAGAUGCUAGCAUUGAGAAAGCUUCUGCAUAGAAAACAUGAUUCUUUUGGGAGCUGUGGAUUUAGGUCUAGAAUUAAGUGCUCCUGAUCAGUUCAUAGUGGAUUAUCAUGCUCAUAACCUUGAUGUAAUUGGAAGUAUGUAGGAGGAAGCUUGUUGUUACAGUCUUUCUUUGCACCUUAUUGUAAAAGAUACCAGAAACUUUUUUUGCUGCCUUUUAAAAAUUUAAAAAGCAAGGAUGGGGCAGGGCAUUAUUAGGAUACUUUUGCUUCAGUGUUAAAUAAUUUUUAGACUGACAAAUUCAUGCUGUAAGAGAGUUCUUUUGUUUAUUUUGUUUUGCUUGUUUGUGUGUGUCCAAUGAAACUAAGAACAGCCCAAGUUUUUACAUAAUCUGACUAGCCACAAAGAGUAUUCUACUUCAGGGUCGGAAAGUUGGAUUUAUAAAGCUUUUCUUAGACUUUCAACCUUAAAAACAAAAAAUAUAAAAACUGUCACAUGGGAUGAAUAAGAAGAUUGGUUGGAAAGUUUUAUAGAUGCUUUUGGUGCUGAGCUAUGACAUGAGCCUUAUAGAUUGUAAAAUAGAGAUAGUUGGAACUAAUGUACAGAACUAAAUGUUUUAAAACUUUAUUUGCUGUUAAAUUCUGUGAAGUUUCAGUUAUCUCAAAUAAUCAUUCACAAGUAUGAAAUGUAAUGUUUCAGUUUGCAAGUUUAUAUGUAGUGUUUGUAAGAUACUCUUGUCAUAUUAACUGUAGUAUUUUGAUUUGUACAGUCAUAAUUUGUUAAAAUGACUUCAUUUUAACAUCCACUGAUGUAGAUUAAUGUAAGAAUGGUGGGGAAAUGGUGCAUGUAAUACUUUUACAAGCGUCGGGAGUUCAGUAUGUUUUGAAAAGAGUAAUUUAACAUUUGGGUGCCAAGAAAUGGUUUUCUCAAAGUCCAUUGCCAGCAAUGGGCAAGCCUGGUAAUACUGGCACAAAAUAUUAACUAUACACCUUAUCAUCAGUGAGGUGAGUAACUUUGAAAUAAAGUUUUAGAGAA